AUGGCUGAAGCUCCUCAAGUAAUGGUCGAAGAAGAUGGUGGAAGAGUUGAAAUUAAUGAUAAUAUGUGUGAAAUGAUUAAUGAUGUAUUUGCACAUCAUUGCUCUAACAACGACAUGACGGAUGAUGACGAGAUGGGUGCAGAGUCAAGCCAUGCUAGAAGUCAUGAUGGGACAAAUUUUUUUGAAUUAAUGCAAGAUGGACAACAAAAUUUAUAUGAAGGAUGUGAUAAAUAUUCAAAACUUUCAUUCUUGGUGAAGUUGUAUCACAUCAAAUGUCUAUGCAGAAUAAGUGACAAAGCUAUGUCCAUGAUACUAGAGUUGCUAGCAGAUGCAUUUCAACAUGCUAAAAUUCCAAAUUCAUUCUAUGAAGCCAAAAAAGUCAUUAACAAGCUUGGUCUUCAUUACACAAAAAUUGAUGCUUGCCCGAAUGAUUGUAUGUUGUAUGUUGGAGAAGACAAAGAUAGAGAUUCUUGUAAGAAAUGUAAGACAUCAAGAUGGAAGCCAAAAAAGAGAAAUACAAUUGAUGAUGAUGUUGUUGUUAAUAAGCGAAAGAAGAUUCCUGCAAAGGUGUUAAGAUAUUUUCCUUUGAAGCCCCGAUUACAGAGGAUGUUUUUAUCAUCUAAAAUAGCUGAGCAUAUGAGAUGGCAUGCAUCAGAAAGUAUGGAUGAAGGCAUGUUAAGACAUCCAAGAGAUUCUGAAGCAUGGAAGAAAUUUGACCUCAUGCACCCUCAAUUUGCCUUAGACCCUCGAAAUGUGAGACUUGGUUUAGCUACUGAGGGGUUCAAUCCAUAUGGCAACUUGAGCACCAAUCAAAGUAUUUGGCCAGUUGUUCUCAUACCAUACAACCUUCCUCCUUGGAUGUGUAUGAAACAAAGUUCAUUCAUUCUCUCCAUGAUCAUUCCUGGAAAACGAGCACCGGGCAACGAUAUUGAUGUUUACUUACAACCAUUAAUAGAAGAGUUGAAGGAGUUGUGGAACAUUGGCAUCAAAACUUUUGAUUCAUAUGGGAAUGAAGUGUUUGAUAUGCGUGCAACCAUAUUGUGGACUAUUAGUGACUUUCUAGGACUUGGAACCUUAUCUGGGAGGAACACACAUACAGGAUUGGCAUGUCCGAGAUGUAAUUUUGAAUCUACUCCUAAGAAGCUUGUCAAAGGUGGGAAAUUUUGUUUUAUAAGUCAUCGUCGGUGGUUAGAUGGAAGACAUAGGUUUAGAUUGGCUCAUAUGAGGUUUGAUGGAACUAUUGAAAAUAGAAGCCAACCGGUGGCAAUCUCAGGUCAUGAUAUCUUACAACAACUUGGUAAUAUUCAUGUUGAAUUUGGGAAAGAACCUAUUGUUGAAGAAAGGUCAAAAAGACAACGCACAAUUGAUCGUCCUAAGCAUGAAAAUCCUUUCCUAGUAAUUGUUAUUUACACAGCUGCAAUAUAG